UGGUGCCCAAUUGUCCCCCAGCAUUACCGCGACCUUGUUGCUGUUGCUGUAAGCCAGGGUAUGUGCUGUCGGCGUCUCGACUGAGAAUUUCCAUGCCGCCUCCUGCCAACCCGCAGCGCCCCUCCAACCGUGGGGGAGGCCCCAGAACAUCACCCACGAAGAAACCCCUCGACAUUGGAGUACCCCUAGGUAUCUACGAUACAAAUUCCGUGCGAGCCAAGGUUCGCAAGUGGCAGCAGCAAGGAGGCGGGGUAAUCGCGGCCAAUGACGGGGUCUGCUACGACGACGAUGAAGAGAAUUCAACCGUCGAUUCCAAACCUAAGCCUGUGGACGAGAAGGCAUCCAGUAGCUCCAAUGGCUCCACAACGAGAACGCCCACAACGAGGAUGCGAAGCAAAAGCACCCCCCGAAAACGAGUGAUCAGUGAUGAGCAUUGGAAGCUAAACCGAACCCCCACCCAGACGCCCACUUCUAAGCUCCCUGCCCCAAAACGUAUCGCCGAAUAUACAACAAACGAUCCAAUAACUUCCCCACAUGCGAGUGGGGGCGAGAGCGCGCGUGAGGACAAGGUAUUGCCCUCUCCAUCUCGUAACAAAGAUAGGGGCAGGGCGGCUGUGGCAUCCGAUCUCGCGACCAGAGAACGACGGAAAUCGAGAGCGUCUCGGGAUGUUGAUACAAUAGCGGAGGACAAGGCUGAAGGCGAGAAUGGGUCACAUAAUGGAUCGUCGAAGUCUACUUCGCGACAGGCCACCGGGGACAAACCCAACGCAAGUGUACGGUCGGAACAGUCGCAGAGUGCAAAGAAAAGGGACGGAGCGCUGGAUUAUGAUUCGGAAUGGGCGACAGGUGAAGCCGAUUUCUCCGAACUCUCCAGGCGACGUGCGCGAGGCCCAAACCAUCCUGUACCCAAAAGCCCUGGACUUAGAGGGCGAGGCACUGUGAAACCACCUAAGGGUGGCAUCUUUUCCCACAUGCUCGAUGAAUCCCGAAAGAUGUUCGCCAAACCGGAGCCUCCGAAGCCCACUCCGAACCGAGGCGCGAAGAUAGAGGCAUGGCUCUCCGAGACCCCGGAUCCAUUUAUUGACGAUAUGGAGUCCGAUGUCGAGAUACCCGCUCCAUUGAAUACCAGGACCAGCAAGAAAAAGACCCCCACAAAACAACGGGAAUCCCAAAAUGCCGCCAGCGAUAUCGAUACUCCCGCCGACAGCGACAGAUCGACGAAAGAUGCGGCGCUGCGGCGAGCGAGGAAGGAAGGCUCGACCGGAAGCGAACGUGUGAAGCCGACGGAGGAGAAAGCUGCGCCUACAAAGGAUACCGCCGCUCCAAUCAAGAACAAGGAGCCUGCGCAACACGAGGAUAAGCAGCCCUCGCCAACCGUUGAGAAGCUCCCCAUUCGUGAACGACUUCGUGACGACAAGGAUAAGGACAAAGACAAAGACAAGGGCAAGGACCAGGAUAAGGACAAGGCAUCAGAGACGGACACUCAGGUGCUCUCAGAGGGCUCCGAGGUAUCCGGGAAUAAUGCACCGGUGCCGCUUGGUCGUCGCAAGCCCUUCCCCUCCACCGGAGCUCACUCACUGUCAACAAUCGCAUCUGUCGAAUCGAUGAGCACCGGCACCAAUGCACCAGUUGCAGGACAAGAUCCUGCACCAGAAAAGCAGGAUGCAGCUUCCACCCAGGAAAAGCUUGACGAAGAGGAGAAAAGGGACCAAUUUGAUCCUAACUCGCUCCCGGCGAUUUCCUCCCAGCUAAAGAGGCGUCUCACCACCCACGACGACCUGAUAUCGGUCUUGUCUGCCCCAAACAGGAGUAGAAGCCUUCGCUCUGCGAGAAGUCUGAAAACGAAGAGUCGGGUCAUGACCGAAAAUCUCCCUGAUCUGCUGAAGGAGCUGGCUGGUGAUGAGACGAAAUACAUGCGCGAGCUGAAGACCUUGGUCGGUGGAGUGAUACCUGUUCUGUUGACCUGCGUGCUUUCACGAUCCGACUCAGCGAUUGCAGCGGGGCUCUUCCGACCAUCUACUGAUCCCAAGGAUGAGGUAAACUUCAGCAAGCCCAUCGUGGAUAUGGGUGUUGCCAUUGAGCGAUUGAAGACUCUGCACAAGCGAAUCCCGCAAGAUGACGUUGACGCCUUACUCAACUGGGCGAACGGGGCUCAGAGAGUGUAUCGUGAAUACCUCAAAGCCUGGAGAUUAGGAUUCAAAGACGUGAUCGUUAACCUUGCGCCUCUUGAAGAUGGCGAGGAGGGCGACAACACCGAUACGAAGAGCUUGGACGAGGGCAUGGCACGGGAUGAAAACGGCGAUGUGGUGGACAGCGAUGGCGAGAAGGUUGAUGUUGCAUACCUAUUGAAGCGACCGCUGGUACGCCUGAAGUAUCUUGCAAAGACAUUCAGAGGGAUCAAAACCAUCCAACCCUCCUCCAAGGCCGAGGAUGUGGCGGCGGUAUAUCAGAGCCUUGUCACGGAAGCCCGUCGCCGGGCACGAGAAGAAAGAGCCAGGCUUGAGGACGAAUCUGCCGCGAGCGUCGACGCGACCCGCGCCAGAGACCCUGCGACCCUGGGAGCACUCACUGGAGUCACCGUGGACCGAAGUCGAAGAGUCCGAGCCCGUGACUUCUUCAAUCUGUCGUUGUACCAUACAAGUGGUCAGAUUAUUGACUGUCGUGCCGAGUUCCUUCUGAGAGAUGGCACUGCAGGAAACAAAACGGGCGGGGACUUGCUCAUCUGUGAGAUUGACCAUACGGACCGCUGGCUGCUAUUCCCUCCGAUCGAGCUUGGAUGUGUCUCUGCUCGCAACGGCGACGCGAAGGGUGAGAUCGUGGUCAUGCUACGAAGUGCCCCGGGGCAGACAAAGCCCUGGCAAGAGCUCUUAGUGCUCAGCAUUGACGAAGAGGACAUUGGCUACGAAUGGGUCCAGAUGUUGGGCUUGACCCCAGUCCCACCGGCCAUUAAUCGAACCCAGAGCUUCAUCGACCGAGCAAAGCGGCAACGAGCAAAGACAAUCUCUUCAGCGAACGAGGCCUCGCAGGCACAGAAGGAUCCACCAAGCCCUUCGAGUAUCAACGUCCCUAUCGGAGAGAAGCCCACUUCCCGUACCUUGCGGCGUUCGUUGACCCCUAGAGACCAUCUUUCGGAUCCAAGUACCGUGGGAUCUUGGAUUUCCGAGUCACGUACGUCUUUGCAGACUGCAAUAACUGCGGAGUCGGACUAUGCCAUCGGGGACGAGUUAUCAGGGAGGUCUCCACCUCCGCAAUCUAUUUUGCAUGCCAGAGAGCCUCGGAAGAGCUUCACGGCCGACGACAGACCAUCCCCGGGCCUCAAACGGUCCAAGGCAAAGAGGGUCACACGAAAUGGUGAAAUCAUUCCUUCCAGCCCUACCACACCAACGGACCACAGCGUGGCCAAAGACGAGGAGCCUAAACGCUCUGAGGAGAAAAAGGCCAAGGCACCGCAGAAUCCCAAGACUCCCACGAAGAGUACUCCUGAGCAAAGCUCCCCCCGGGUGUCUUCCGUGCCGUCAAUGGACCUCCCUGUUAUUCCCAAACUCAGAAAGGGCAGCAGCCAGACAUACAUAUCUGAAUCGUUGGCAUCCACCUCAGACGACGAGUACGCCGCCCUAGAUGUUGACAGUCUACCGGAGACUCCUACCAAAAACAAGGGCCAUUCCCGCGAGCACUCGGGAUCGGACCAGACGAACGAGGAUGAGCCGCCGCCGCCGCCACCGCAUUCUCGCUCGCCGAGCUCGACUGGAUCUAGUCUUUCAAAUACUCCUGUUCUCAGCCCAAGUGGCGUGCGUACGAGACGUCGGGGUUCUUCGCCUUUGAAACAUGAAUAUGAACCAUCUACUGCUUCGGACUCUUACUCGGAUUCUGACACAUCAACUGUGCGCCGGUACGAGGUGCACUCAGGGUCCGAUUAUUCGGAGACAGACAGUUCGGAUGAGUCUGAAGAUGAGCCCGUGUCGCUACCGCCAAUUGAGGCAAAGCCUCCUCCCAAGCCCAAGACCCCGGCUUCAGAAGCCCCUACUAGCAGCUCCCUGUCACUGUCCAAUUCCGCAUCUCAAGGCGGAUAUAGGUCGGUUCCCUCACAACCAAGCAAGUCGUCGACUGUUAUUGCGUCAGUAUUUGCCUGGUCAGAUAAGGGUUCCUGGGAUAGCAUAUUCCCCGAUGACUGUAAGGUGAUGGUCAGCCCUGGGCUCAUUGAAGCAUAUGACAUGGGAAAUGCACCGUCCGGGACUGAGGAGGAGAGCAAAGCACGUCCGCUGAUUGCCCUUGAACUUACCCCGCUUGUACCUAUUCGACGCGGCACAGCAAUUGACAUCAGUAUCCGUUCUCCUCCCACCAAACGGUCAAAGAUCAAUUGGAGCAACAACAUCAUGUUCCGCUCUCGGAAUGCCGAUGAAUGCGAGAUCUUAUACGGCCUAAUCAAUCAAGCACGCAUCAACAACCCCACCUACAUAGCGCUCCAGAACGCCCGAGGUCCUUACGCAGAGCAGCCAGCUCCCAUGGAAUCGCCAAACCGAAGCGGUGGUGGGUUGUUCGGCUGGCCCCGACGCAGGAGAAGCUACCGUGCAUCUAGCUCUCCCCGGUCGGUCACCGACAACUCUGAGAGUAGCGUAGGGACUAUGAGCAGCGCAUUCUCCGCACUGAAACGGUUCGGAGCAGGAAGCAAGAUGUUCAACAUUUCCCGCUCCUCAAUCACCUCUCGCGACGGCCAGAAGGAGGACAGCUUGUACUCGAGCUCUGCCGGAUCGAAUGCGUCUCCCACAUCCGGCAUCGGUCGCAUAGCAGCCGCCAUGAAGGGUGGCGACGGUAUCGGUCUGUCCAAUGCUAAGAUUCGGCUUUACUUGCGCGAAACCCAAUCGAAGUGGCGUGAUAUGGGCGCCGCCAGACUGACCAUCAUGCCUGCGUCUCCAGACUCUCGUCGUCCUGAUACAGCUAGCGGACAUGGCGACUCCGGCAGCAUAGCAGAAGGGGUCGAAGGAGGUUCGCCGGGCUCCGGGGCAGCCUCUCCCCGUCGGGGAGUAGAGCAAGAGAAGCGGAUCGUCAUCCGAGGCAAGACUCGUGGCGAGGUUCUCCUCGACGUCUGUCUUGGCGAGAGCUCCUUUGAGCGUGUGGCUCGCACCGGUAUUGCCGUCUCCAUCUGGGAGGAGAACGAAGGCGGAGCCAUGCCGAAAAAGGGCGGUGUCACAGUUGGCUCCUCCAAGAUCUACAUGAUCCAGAUGAAGAGUGAGGCCGAAGCAGCAUACACUUUCGGCCUGGUCGGAAAGUCCAAGUAUUAGACUGGACUGGACGGAAGGACCGACUUGUCUUCUUUUCUUCCUUUUAUUUUCCAUCUCAGUCCCUGCAUUCUGCCUGUUUUCAGCGAUGUCCUCCUUACUGAUUAUCUCUAUUUGUUUAUCCCCUUUACCUCCUUGUGUUAUUUUGUGCACGUGCAUAUCCAUACCCCCUCUUGCUGAUAUCCCAUCUUAUUUUCCCUUCUUUGCCCCCUCCUUCUUCUCUUCUCUUCUCUUCUCUUCCCUCCAUCCCCUCUGCUCCCCUCCUCUCACCUCUUUCUUGUCCUCAUUCAUGAUUUUCAGAUGCCGAUAUGUAUAUGAAACGGAAGAUGAACAAUGUGUGAUGCAGCUUAUCUAGAAUUUUUUUUCCCUCCAUUUUUAAUGAAUUCUGAUCUUGAUCCUCAACUCAAUCUAACUUACGUUUGUUAAUUCUAAUGCUAUACUACUAUCAUUUCAUCGUUACUAGUUCGUCAUAGAUAUAGAUACAUUGAUAUUGC